CACACACACACACACACUCAUGCACAUCUGCUCUUUCCCGUAGCCUCCGUCAAGGGUUGCCAUAGAAACCGGAGUGACAUAGAAGAAGGAGAAAAAGAAGGAGAAAGAGUCUCCGGGGCCCAAGGCGGAGGGACAGAGCAGCCAGGAGGAAGAACUUUCAGCCCCGCUGGCGGAGUUGCUCAGGCCCGGAGGACGGGAUGGUGGGAAGGGGAGCCCGGCUGGAUCCGUGGCGCUCAAGCGCCUAGGCUCCCUCUCUCCCUCUCUCUCUCUCUCUCCACCCCCCCGCACCAUGGCGGGGGUGGCAGGACGGCUAAGGCAGCCCGGGAGAGUCAUGAAUGGCAGUGACUGAGGACCCGUCAAACUGACCAACGGAGGGUACUCGUUCCAAGGUUACCUUCACUAAGGAUGUUCUGCUUAGCUCUUCUGCUCUUGGCUGGAUUUUCAACCUGUUCAGGAUCUGAAGUCAAUCCAGCAAUAUGCCGGUAUCCUUUGGGGAUGUAUGAAGGGACCAUCCGAGACGAGGACAUUACUGCUUCCAGCCAGUGGUAUGAUUCAACUGGACCACAGUAUGCCCGGUUGCUGAGAGAAGAAGGCGAUGGAGCAUGGUGUCCAGCUGGACUCCUGCAACCGGAAGACGUGCAGUUUCUUCAGAUCGACCUCCACAAACUCUACUUCAUCACCCUGGUGGGGACACAAGGGCGCCACGCCCGGGCCACCGGGAAGGAGUUCGCCCGGGCCUAUCGGAUCAAUUACAGUCGUAACGGCGAGCGGUGGAUCUCUUGGAAAGAUCGUCAGAACAGGCAGGUGAUCCAAGGCAACACAGACACCUAUGAGGUUGUGUUGAAAGACCUCCGCCCACCUGUCAUCGCUCGCUACAUCCGUGUGAUUCCAGUGACCGAGCAGCCCAUGACUGUCUGCAUGAGAGUAGAACUCUAUGGUUGUGUCUGGUCUGAUGGCCUGGAGUCCUACAGCAUGCCCGAAGGAGAAACCAUGGUGGCCCCUGGCAAUCCUAUCGUUUACCUAAAUGACUCAAUCUACGACGGUCACCAGGAACGGAAGCUCCUCCAUGGUGGGCUGGGCCAGCUUACGGACGGCGUUCUGGGACUGGAUGAUUUCACCAAGAGCCACCAAUACCGUGUGUGGCCUGGCUAUGAUUACAUCGGCUGGAGGAACGACAGCUUCCGGAACGGUGCUGUGGAGAUGGAAUUCCAGUUUGAUCACCAGAGGAACUUCACCUCCAUGAAGGUUCACUGCAACAACAUGUUUUCCAAAGGGGUGAAGAUCUUCGAGAGGGUGGAAUGCCUCUUCAAACCACAGUUGAUCGCCGACUGGGACCAGCAACCGGUGGGCUUGGACACCGUUUUGGAUGACAAGAAUCCCAGCGCACGGUUCGUGACCGUCCCCUUCAACCACCAUAUUGGCAAAGCCAUUCUUUGCCGUUUCUACUUCGCCGAUACCUGGAUGAUGAUCAGUGAGGUCUCUUUUCAGUCAGUCAACAUGGACACUCCUAAUCCAAUCCUGAUUACUUCCACAUGGAGUCCCACCACAGGGUUAUAUACCUCAUCAGAGGGACCAAAUACUACCCAGGGGACUUUGGGGAACACCGUCCUAGCUUCCGUCAGUCCCAGGGUCGAGCAGAAAGCAGAGGCCUCCAACUCUUCUCGUCUGAUCAGCUGUCUUGUGGCCAUCAUUCUUCUCCUUUUGGUGGUUAUCAUCGCCAUCCUGUGGAGACAGUACGCUCAGAAGCAUCUGGAGACGGCUCCCCGGCGAAUCCUGGAAGAAGAUGCCACGGUGCGUCUCUCCUUCUACAGCUCCAGAAUCGUCAAUAGUCAGACUCAGAUCCACCAGACCAAUCCCACCUAUGAGAGAGUCUUCCCUUUGGAUCUGGAAUACCACCAGCCUCUCACUCUCCUCCAGAAAUUGCCAGAGUUAUCUCAGAGCGCCGAAGACUCAGCCUGCAGUGGUGAUUAUGCAGAACCCGACCUCACCAAGUGCACCCCUCACCAGGGAUUCCAGAAUAACGUUCCUCAUUAUGCCGAGACGGACAUAGUCAACUUGCAAGGGGUGACAGGAAACAAUACAUACGCCGUGCCAGCCAUCACCGUUGAUUCGUUGACCAAGAAGGACAUCUCCAUUGCCGAAUUUCCCCGGCACCAGCUGCAGCUCAAGGAGAAGUUGGGAGAAGGACAAUUUGGGGAGGUCCACCUUUGUGAAGCUGUUGGUCUUCUGGAAUUCUUGGGCCGCGCUUCUCCAGAAAGUUCCAGCCGGGCAAUUUUGGUGGCUGUGAAGAUGUUGAGAGCUGAUGUCACCAAGACAGCCAGGAACGAUUUCCUAAAAGAGAUCAAGAUCAUGUCCCGGUUGAAUGACCCAAACAUCAUCCGUCUGUUGGGUGUGUGCGUGAAGGACGAUCCUCUCUGCAUGAUCACCGAAUACAUGGAAAACGGGGACCUUCACCAGUUCCUCCUGCAAAGGCAGAGUAGAAGCACCUUCACACGUUCCAGCAACGUUCCUUGUGUCAGCAAUCUCCACCUCUUGCUCAUGGCAACUCAGAUUGCUUCUGGCAUGAAAUACUUGGCGUCCCUCAACUUUGUCCACCGGGAUUUGGCCACACGCAAUUGCUUGGUUGGAAAUAACUACACCAUCAAGAUUGCCGAUUUUGGCAUGAGCAGGAAUCUGUACAGUGGUGAUUAUUACCGGAUACAGGGCAGGGCUGUGUUACCAAUCCGUUGGAUGGCCUGGGAGAGUAUUCUGUUGGGCAAGUUCACCACCGCCAGUGACGUGUGGGCCUUUGGCGUGACGUUAUGGGAGAUGUACACCUUAUGCAAAGAGCAGCCGUACAGUUGGCUUUCUGAUGAACAGGUCAUUGAGAACACGGGGGAAUUCUUCCGAGAUCAAGGCCGACAGGCCUACUUGUCCCAGCCACAUCUGUGUUCAAACCCUGUGUUUUCCUUGAUGAUGAAAUGCUGGAGCCGAGAUAUCAAAGAUCGCCCCACCUUUGAAGCAAUCCACCUGUUUCUCAUCGAACAAAUGGAUGGAAGUAUUGGACCUAUAUGAGAACAUGAAACUGUUGAAAGACCACGGUCAUUGGGCCAAAGGUGCUCAGGUGUCUGUCUGACUCCCUCUUUCCUGUGGACAAGACCAGGUGAAGUCAGGUGCACCACCAAAGUAACCGUUGAAGGUGUUAUUCCCGAGAUCUCUUCAAGAGGUGGCAAUGAUGGGGCCUCUUUAUCGUGUGGCUGGUGGCCAUCAUGAGAAGAAGCAGGACCCAAAGUUGAGGGGACUCCAUCGCCUCGGUGAGAGGAAUCCAUGUUCUGUAUUGUCCUCUCCGUGGAGGCAUCUUGAUAGCUGCUGCUUUUCUCAGCCACCAUUCAGAGUUCCAGAGGGCUGAGAAACUAACAUCUCAUGGAAUAUUUUUGUCUUCUUUCCUUGAAAUUUGGAGAGGAUCUUUUGUCUUUUCAUUUUGUCCCUCCUUCCUAGCUCUCAGCAGAAUUCACUGUCUCCAAAAUGAAAGAUAAUGUUCCACCUUUUUGGAAGAUCGGCUUCUUGGGAUAUCUGUCCACCUUUCCUGAAGACCACGUUUGGUGCAUCCUGUGGGACCUCCAGCUCCUCCUUUUCUGUCGUACCUGUCCUUUCUAUCUUUCAAUCAAACUUGGGGAGCUGAUGGACACUUGUGACUGCCGAUUCUCCAAAAGGAGAGACACGUCAAGUUUCCCACACUGGAUUUAACUACCUUGAUGAAGAGCAAAACAAAAACGAAUGUCAAGGUUGAUAGGAAGGCCUUCUAGAUAUCAACAAAUGGGAAGGAUUUACUUUGGGGGAAUGGCAUUAUCGUAGGAAGGAUUAAACGACACUGUGACUGAUAUCAAGAUGAAAUGGAUCUUUGGCAGCCCAAAAGGACUGAUUUUCAAAUCGUGCUGUAUUUAAAGUUGUCAAGAUGCCAAAGAAGUCAUAGCCCACCUUAGAACAUCUCAAUUUCAUUUUUCAUCCAGCCUUUCUUUCCUUCUUUAUUUUAAACCCCUUAAACACCUGCUGCUUUAAUUUCUAGGUUUUAAAAAAGUUUGAAAAUUAGCCAACUGGGUUUCUAGCCCAUGAGGAUUUAAGCCCUAAAAUUUGGAGUUUUGUGGGUAGGAUCUUGAGAAAGACUAGGAGAAGACAGAUUUGGCUGAAGAAAAAGACAACUCCUCAUGCCCUGAUUGUUUCCUUCUGCAUCUCCCCUGAAAGGGUCCAAAUUUGUAAAACAGAAAAUCACAAUUGGCCCAAUUUGGGAGUGGCGUCCAUCAUGCAAACUGACCACUUUUUAACCAACCUGUGAUUUCAAAUGAAUGUGCAGCAAGUUUGAUCAUUGUUACAACCCGAUUUGUUUUUUUUUUUAAAUAUGGUGCUUAAGGUUAUUGUUAAUUGCACAAAAUAAUAUGUGAGGAAUCAGAUGCAAAGCAGUUUGGUAAAUAUCUCCAUUUUUCCCAUGCCAGGAAAACUCUUGGCUGGAGACAGAUCAAAAGUUAUUUUUGAAAAGGCAACUGGACUGAUAUUGGAAGAGGAGGAGGAAGAAGAAGAAGAAGGAAGAGGUCUUUGCUGGAGACCUUUUGUAAACAUUCUCUUCCAGAAUUACAAUUUUCAGUUCAGGGAAGGAAAAUGAUGCUUUGAACAGUUUAACCGUCAACGCUUUUUCAUCCUGGCUGACCUGGAAAAAGGUAAACAUGGUUGGGAAACCACCUGGUGUACUUGGAAUGAAACAAACUACCUGGAUAUGAAACAAAUAGCAAACUUGACUUAAAAUAUUUACUGAAGUGCCAAGCCUUAUUCAAAUAGUU